CACGACGUGAAAAGGUUAAUUUUUUAAUCGUCUAGGCUUCUUUCCGUAAAACAAUGAAAAACGCAUCAAAAUCCGCUCAGUAAUUCUCAUGCUUCAGAUAAGCUUGUUUAGAUAAAUAUCUAUUGAGAACUUUAUUCUGAACUAUGUAUAUAGAGAUUUCAUGAAGAUAAAUAAUUUAAAAAUUACAACUCUAAAUCUUUCAAAAAUUCAGCAUAUUUAAAUACUGAUCUGUAUGAAAUAUACGAGAUAAAUGAUACAGCCGUGUUAAAUAUUUUUAUGUGAUAAAUAUAAUUUGUUUUUUGAAGCAAUAUAAAAUAUCCGUCACGACUAUCGUGUGUAUUAUACAGUAGACAAGUAUGUAAUCGUGAAACAUUAUAGAUAGAUAGUAUACGUUUCCGUAUACUUGACGUCGGAGUACGUAUGUUCCAUGCAUUGAUAACGUGUACAACGUCAAAGAAAAUUAAAGCCCUCAGUAUUAUUAUAAUAAAUUAGGAACGAUGGGCUUUAUUCAAUCUCGAGUAAUAAGCGAGUAUUUUUUCUACACAUGCCUAAUGAGCUAUUUUCUUUUAUCCACGGUAUUAGGUGAAAGUGAACCUAUAUAUGAUGGUAGAUUUCAAAUGAUAAUGACGUCUAUGAAACCUGAGAACGCAAUGCCAUCACAGGCCAAGGAUAACCUUGGUUUUUUACAUGCAUUUAUAGCUUCUUUAUCUGUUAUUGUUGUUUCUGAAUUGGGAGACAAAACUUUCUUUAUCGCUGCUAUCAUGGCAAUGAAACAUCCAAGAUUGACAGUUUUCAUAGGAGCGAUUAGUGCUUUAGCACUGAUGACUCUUCUAUCAGUCAUUUUUGGAUAUGCUGCAACCAUAAUUCCUAGUGUUUAUACAUACUAUAUUUCUACUGCACUUUUUGCUUUAUUUGGUUUGAAAAUGCUAAGGGAUGGCUAUAAGAUGUCUGCAACUGAAGGACAAGAAGAAUUAGAGGAAGUGCAAUCUGAUUUAAGGAAACGAGAGGAUGAGUAUGAAAAAGAAACUGGAAGCACUUUAGUACAAGAUCCAGAAACUGGUGUUGUACGGAAAGCAACAAAAAUUAGUGCACUGAUGCUCCUCUCUAGGAUAUUCCUUCAAGCAUUUACAUUAACAUUUCUUGCAGAAUGGGGUGAUCGCUCACAACUUACCACUAUUAUACUUGCAGCAAGAGAAGAUGUUUAUGGAGUUGUAAUAGGAGGAAUAUUAGGACAUUCAUUUUGUACAGGAUUGGCAGUAUUAGGGGGGAGAAUGAUAGCUCAGAAAAUUUCAGUACGAACAGUGACCAUAAUUGGUGGAAUGGUAUUUCUGCUAUUUGCCUUAACAGCACUUUUUAUAAAACCUACAGAUAACCUAUAAAAACAAUGUACAGUAUUCAUAUAUAUAUACAUACUUAUAUAUAAUAAAAUAUAUUUUGUUAUAAGACAAUGUACAUAUUUUUCAUAUAUUGUUAUAAAAUAGUAAAAAUCAUAAUGUACACUAAAUUUUGUCUAAAGAGUACUUAUGUAUAUAAUAUGUACAUUAUGUUUGAAAUUAUAUUGAUAUAAAUAACUACUUCAUGUGUGAAUAAAAUUAUCAUCAGAUUAAAGGAUACUACAUAUUAGAUAUUAAA